GAUAACUCGACAGACGCGGUCCGGGUGCCAAUGCCGAGGUCCACCAUCGUCCGUCCCCUGCCGAGAUCGCCAUCACUUCAACCUCCAAGAAUCAUUCUACCACUCCGACGCCUCACUUCUUGAGCCUGCUGUACCAAGUACGACCACAGCUGCAAUUACUUCGCACAAAACAUCAAACCCCCACGGAAUAACGAAGCCCCACGAACCACACCAGAGCGCAACGCGACCGGCGCGCACCACCAUCACGAUGGCUUCCCCAUUCCCCUUUGCAGCGGCUCCCGACAUCAUUCGCUCCCACCAGAAAGAUGCCUACUUCACCGGCCACCUCACAAACACCCUGACCGACCUCCAUCGCCGCCUCCUCGGCGCCCGCUCCGCCCACGCCCUCGCCCCCGAACUACGCACCGUUGCCACGCUGCUCUACUUCGCCCUCACCACACUCCCCGGGAACCGAACGCUGGGCGAGGAAUACUGCGACCUGGUACAGCUCGAAGGCAACAAUGGCAAACUGCCCAGCCUGCGACGGAGGGCAGGCUACAUUGUCGCCUCCAUCCUGGUGCCGUACGGUGUGUCGCGCGCGCUGCCCGGCCUGCGGACGCGGUUGCGCAGGGUCCUGGAAGCACGCCUGGCCGUCCAGCGGCAGAAGGACCCCAAGUCACGCCAGGCGAGGAUACUGGAAUACAUCCUACGCCAUCUGCCGAGCCUCACCCCCUCGGCGCCGUUGCACGCCCUGACGCUGGCCGUGUUCUAUUUUAGCGGGACGUACUACGAGCUCUCCAAGCGUCUCCUCAACCUGCGCUACGUGUUCACGCGCAAAGUGCCCGACAGUCCGGAUCGAGCGGGCUACGAGGUUCUGGGCGUGCUGCUGGUGAUUCAGAUGGCCGUCCAGGGGUAUCUCCAUGUUCGCUCGACGCUGCAAGCACAGGAGCCGGCAAGGGAGCGAGUCGGAUUCGAGGCCGCCGCCGCCGACGUGUCGCUGGACCACGACAACUCGUACUCGGCGAACAAUGCCCUUCUCCCGGGCAGCGGCGGGAUCGGCACCGGUCAGGGCAUGAAGGUGGACAUUGCCGCGGCGACGCACACACCCGUUGGCACGGUGCCGCGUAUCGCGUUGACGGAUGACAAGAUGAUGGCCUACAUCAAGGGCAAGCAGCAGCGCAAGUGCACGCUCUGCUUGGAGGAGUUGAAGGACCCGGCGGCUACGCAGUGUGGUCACGUCUUUUGUUGGGAAUGUAUCGGGGACUGGGUCCGGGAGAAACCAGAGUGCCCCUUGUGCAGGCGAGAUGCCCUGGUGCAGCAUAUCCUGCCUUUGCGAGUUAUAUAAUGGAUAGAAUCAGCACGCACAAGCAUUGCAUGAAUCACACAAAGACCCUGAAGGCUCCAAGUAAGCUUGAAAUAUCUCGUUCAACAUAAAUCCACAUCAUGCGCAAUCGUUUCCCAACGUUGCCCCAUCCUCAAUCCUCAUCAUCCAUUAGUCGCUCCUAAAUCCUUUUACCCCACACAUAUAUCAUGAAUACAGAGUUUCACCGCCAACUUGUGACCAAGCGGACCACGCAUAGUCGGAAUCUUUUGCAAUGGGCCCAUUAUGAC